AUGAACCUUUGGAGAACAUUCCUGCUGAGUGCUGUGCUGAUAUUCUUGGCAGGAACAGCCUCAGGAUCACUUGUCAAGCCCCAGGAUGGGAGCAUUGCUGGGGGAACAUGGAUUACCAUCACCCUGGAUGGCUCAGCAUCCCGCCAGGUAGAAUCUGUCUCUCCAGCCAGCGCAUCCCAGCUGGAGGUGUCCCUGGUGCACCCAGACCUGCCCAGGCUGCCGUGUGAUGUCCCUCCUCUGUAUUUGGACUUGCCCACCAUAAGGUGCAGAACAAGGUCUUCACUCCAGGAAGGUUUGUACUACGUGGAGGUGAUCUUUAAAGGACAUGUGAUUAACAACCUGACUGAGGUGGAGAAAGAGAACUAUUCUUUCAAGUUCUCAGCUGAGCAGACACCUGUGGUUUACCAAAUUAAUCCAUCAUCUGGCACCCCAGGAAAUUUAAUACAGAUUCAUGGGAAGACAAUUUCUGGCAGAUAUGAGACCCUGGAUUUCAAUGUGGAUUAUAUUGAUGGGCCAGCUGUUCUUACCUCAGAAGGAGAUGGAUGGACCAGUCUCUGCUCUUUUGCUGACAGGAGAGCUGGAACCACUUACCCUGUUCAGGUGAAGGAUGGACUGGGGACCCUGCAGUGCCGGGUGGAAGGGAAUCACAUAGGGUCCCACAAUGUCACCUUCUCAGUGUUUAACAAAGGAAAGUCAGCAGUGCACAAAGGUGCUUGGCUCAUCAGCGCCAAACAGGAGCUUUUCCUGUACCAGACUCAUCCAGAGAUUUUCUCCGUGUUCCCAGCCAGAGGGAGCCUGGCAGGAGGCACUGAGCUCACUGUCACUGGGGAUUUCUUUGAGGAGCCAGUGCAAGUCACUGCUGCAGGUGUUCCCUGUAAAGUCAAGCACGUCUCUCCCCAGGAAAUCAGAUGCACGACUGAGGCUGUUGGUGAGGGCAGGAGACUUGGAGCCCCCCAGCCAGGAAACAGAGGGCUUCUCUUUGAAGUCUGGGAUGAUGCCUCUGAUCUGACAGAAGCAGGUCCUGGAUACAGAUGGCAGUUUGUACCUAAUGCCAGCUCCCCAGUAAGGUUUCUGUCUGGGGCAAAGAAGUCCUUCAGCUCCAGACUCCGUGGGUUUUUUGUGGCUCCUCAGACCAACAAUUACACAUUCUGGAUUCAGGCAGGUGGUCAGGCAUCUCUCUACUUAAGUUUGUCCCAAGAUCCAAAACAAAAGGUGAGAAUUGCCUCUCUCCCUGCUGGCAAUUCAGAGUGGUCUGAGAACUGGGUGAAGAACUGGAGUGAACUUUGGCAGCCAAAAUCCCGGAAAUUUGAGCUAACUGCUGGUUCAAGGUACUACCUGGAAGCACUGCAUCAUGCCAAGACGCCCAGCACGGGGAUGAGAGUUGGAGUCCAGAUUCACAACACGUGGCUGGACCCCCAUGUGGUGAACAACUACUACACCGAGCGGCACGAAAUUCGGGCUCGAGCCUUGCACCUCCCAGAAGUGCAGAUGUUGACUGUGUCUGGUACAGGUUAUUUCAGUAUCUCCUGGAACAACACACUGAAAAUGAUCCCCACAAAUGCUACAGCUCAACAGGUGCAAGCAGCAAUAGAAGAACUCCUUUCAGUAGGAUGUGAAACUGAGCCAGCUUCUGCUAAAAUCCUUUUUCACUGUGGUUUUGAGAAAGAAGAUAUGAAGAACAUCAUCACCACAGGACACAUUGUCAGUGGGACAGAGCCUUUCUGUGGGAGGUUCAGCAUCCAAGGACCAAGCCAGCUGGUGAAAACUUCCCCAUCAACACUACCAAGAUAUGACCUUACUAAAUACCCACAUGUGUGUUUUGCACAUAAAGGACAUAUGAGCAACAUCCUCCACCUCUCAGUGUCCUACACCAAUGUCUCUUCAUGUCCAGUGAGGAGAAACCUCACCUGCCAGUGGGACUUUAAUGAAACUGACUCUAAAAGCUGGACAUAUACCUGCACCAACCUCUGGAAGAGGUGUGUGAAUAUCUCUGUGCUUCUUCAGGACCUCCCAGCCAAUUCCCCAGUAUUUGUGUAUCAGAUAGACUUGCAGAGCCCUGUGCUGCAAAAAGAAACACCUGGAUCAUUUUAUCUUGAUCAGCUCAUCAUUGCUGACAGAGCUGUCAUUGUUUCUCAGAGAGACCCCAAACCCCAGUGGCCAGAGGGGAGGAUCAUUGAAGCAGUGUCUGUGGUGGGGUCUCCUCCCACCUACAACGUGUCCUGGGGGGUGUCUGGCUGUGGUGCCAGUCUGCCCCUUCUCUCUCCAAGAGGCGCAGUGCUUGGGGAGGGCUCUGAGGAAUAUGGGCACCUGAACGUGUCCACGGAGGAUGUGAGAGUCAGCCUCACCAUCCAGAGGCUGCAGAAGUCAUCCCCACCUCUUGGAGGAACCUUCCACAUCCACUUGGCCAACACAGUGAUACCAGAUGUUUCAGUGCACAUCUCUGCCCACCAGCUCCGCAGGCUUUUGCAGGACAAUGUGGAUAAUUUUACAGCUCCCUUCUUCAACACCAGUGACUUCACCGUGACCAGAGACUCCAGCUCGUGCUAUGAAAGUGUCUGGACACUGACUUGGGAAAAAACAGCUGGGGACUUGCCCAAUGUUAUCAGUGUCUCUGCUGAAAACCUCACUGGCCUGAAGCCAACUGUUUCUACUCGUGUGGUUUAUGAUGGGGGUGUGUUUAUUGGACCAAUAUUUGGGGACAUGCUUGCCACCCUCCAUAACCAAACACAGGUGGUGGUGAUGGUGAAUGAUGUCCUUGCAAACUGUUCUGGCUUGUGUUCUUUCCAGUUCAGCCAGGAAUUGACACCCAUAGUCAGAGAUGUGGAAUAUUCAUCAGGUGAGGGGUCCCAGGCCACAGUGGUUCUCAGGGGAGCUGGUUUUGGUGAGGAGCAGCUGGCCCUGCAGGUGGAGGUGGACAGGAGGAGCUGCCACAUUUCAUCUCUGAAUCAAACCCAAGUGGUUUGCCAGGUGCCAAGGCUGCCGGUCGGGACCUACCCUGUGACACUGCUGGUGGCACCUCAUGGCUUUGCUCUUGGUGCCACCACAGGACAAGGGAUCUUCCUCACAGUCCAGCCAACCCUGGGAGCUGUUGAACCUCCUUCGACUUCAGAGAUUGGAGGACUCAGAGUGACUCUCAGGGGGACCAAUCUGGAAGGAGUAAAUGCAGUGUUGUUUGGAUCCCAGCCUUGCCCAGUUUUGGAGGAGGGCAGAAAUUCAACAAGAAUUCAAUGUAAAGUUCCUUCUCGGGGGGCAGAGGAUGCUGCUGUCCAUGUGACACUGAUUUUUGGGUACAAGUCAACAACAGUAACCAACUUGUUCCAGUAUGAUCCUUCCUUAAACCCUGCACUUGUAUCCCUGAGCAGGAACAGAAGUGGCAUAGCAGGAGGUGAGGAGCUCCAAGUCGGAAUAUCCCAGUUUGCCAGCUACCAGGGCUCAGAUGUCAAGGUCCAAAUUGGGAGCUCAUGGCCACAGAUCCAGGCACAGACAGAGCGUGGGGUUAAUGUGACACUUCCAGCCCUGCCUGCAGGGUGGUACAAUAUUUCUGUCCUCAUCAAUGGCAUUGCUGUCACUUCAAACAGGGUUGAGCCAUUAAUCCAGUACCUCUCUGAGAUCUUCAGCAUCCAGCCCUGUUGUGGCUCCAUUCUGGGUGGAACACUGCUCACAAUCUCUGGGGUGGGCUUUAGCCAAAAUCCUGCCCUGGUUUCUGUGUCAAUGGACAAUCAAACCUGUACAGUUACUCACCUGGAAGAAGAGACAGUUUGGUGCCUAACCCCACCAGCAGUUAAUUUGUCUAAUGAAGAUUCACGUGACAUCUCUGUCAGAGUAAAUGUAGCCAUCAGCAGUGGGUCAUUUCAACAAGCUCUCUUUGCAAAUAGGACCAUCACCUUCAACUACCAGAGAGCUUUGACUCCCCUUGUUACUGCUGUUGAAACAGAAAUCAGAGAUGGCAGCCUGCUCUUGAGCAUUCAGGGAAUAAACAUCACUGGAUCUGUGGCUAAGCUUGGACACACUGAAUGUCAACUUGAGUUUCAACGGGGCAACCAGUCUGAAGUGUAUUAUCAGUGCUCUUUGCCACUCAACAGCCUGGAACCCGGGACUUUCCCCAUCCAGAUCAUCCAGAGGCAGCUGGGAUAUGCUCAGGUGACAGCAAGGCAGCAGGCCAUCACCAUAACUCCACAGAUAACCUCCAUAUUCCCAUCACAAGGAUCCAUCUGUGGUGGGAUGUUGCUCACUAUAUCUGGUUUUGCCUUAAAAUCCAGGAGGAAUUUGGUGCAGGUCAUCCUGGAGAAUAAUUACUCCUGUGAGAUCCAGAAGUCUGAUAAUGACUCCAUCAGCUGUGUUGUCCUUCCAGGGGCCCACCCUUUGCACCCUCAGUGGCUGGCUGAGGCAUCUCGGGCUCUCAGUGUCACUGUGGUUGUCAAUGGAGUCCACAGUGUGUGCCUUGGGGGCUGCACACUCCACCUGCAGGAGCACUGGACCCCCCUGGUACAUCUGGUGACCUGGAAAACCAAUGGGACAUCCACCCACAUGACAAUCAAAGGACAGAGGCUGGCAUGGCAGGGUGACAGCCCCGUGGUACAUGUGGACAACAGCACUGCCUGCAAGGUGACUUUUUGGAAUGAGACCAUCAUCACAUGCCAGACAGCCUGCUUGGCCCCAGGGGAGCACAGCAUUUCCAUAGCCAGCAGGAAAAGUGGCCGUGCUUGUUUCAGAGGGACAUCCAGCCUUCUCACCAUCCUGCCUUGGGUGUACCAGUUUUACCCACGGGAUUUCAGCACCAAUGGGGGAGGCCUGCUCAGCUUGGCUGGGUUGGCUCUGAAGGGAAAGAGGAUGACUUCAGUCCUCAUAGACCAUCACCCUUGCCUCAUUCUCAACAUCACCUGUGUGCUCAUCCAGUGCGCGGUGCCUCCAGGGAAAGGCAUGAGGGCUCUGAGUCUGAAAGUAGAUGGACACUCCUAUUACCUUGGAGCAAUAAGUUACAGUGAGGAAUUUACCCCAGCUUUCCUUUCACUUGUUUCCACUGGUGUCCUUUUAACUUUGACAGUAUCACAGGUCACAGAGAUGGACAUUAUCCAGGUGUUUAUUGGAGAUUUUCCUUGCAGCAACAUCAGCAUCAGUCACUCCACGUUGCAGUGCACAGCUCCUCUGCUCCCUGUGGGCGAGUACCCUGUGCUGGGCCUGGAUAUUCCCAGGGGAUGGGCUUCCUCCAACCUGUCGUUCACUUCUCAUCUGGCAGUGACAGCUGCACAUCACAACUGGGGUGGCUUGAAUGAAGGACAAGUUUACCUGCAUGGAACUGGGUUUUCCCCAGGAAAGACUUUGGUCACAGUCUGUGGCACCAGCUGUGAACUCCUGGGCAACACUACAGUGACUGAGCUGAGCUGCCUUGCCCCACGCCUACCAGCCUCUCUGGCCAUUCUCUGUGGUCUGACACAUCCUUCUGCUAGCUGCCAAGAGGACAGAGCCACCUUCAUUGAGUGUGACAUCCAAGUCCUGGUGGGCACCUCCCAGCAGAGAGGAUCUGUGUCCUACUUCUACAUCUGUGGGGACACCCCACCCCCAGGACAUUUUGCUGGACUCCUUGCCAGCCCUAAAGUGGAAAGAGAUGAAGUUCUCAUCUAUAAUAGCUCCUGUAACAUUACCAUGGAAACUGAGGCAGAGAUGGAGUGUGAGGGAGCUAAUCAGCCAAUUACUGCCAAGAUUACUGAGAUAUGGAAAAACUGGGGCCAGAACACUCAGCUUGCCCUGCAGUUGUGUGGCCGGUGGGACGAGGACUCCAGCUGGCCUGCUGGCCACCAGCCGCGAGAUGGCGAUAAUGUCACGAUAGAAGGCGGCCGGACCCUGCUCUUGGGGACCACCACGAGUGUCCUUAACCUGCUGCAACUCAAAGGUGGCAAACUCCUGUUUACUGGGCCAGGACCUGUAGAACUGCAUGCUCAUUACAUCCUGGUGUCUGAUGGAGGAGAGCUCCAGGCAGGAUCCCCUGAGGCCCCUUUCCAUUACAAAGCACACAUCUAUCUCUAUGGAAGCCUCCACUCUCCACCAUUAUUUCCAUAUGGCGUCAAAUUCCUGGCAGUGAGGAAUGGGACCCUUUCCAUUCACGGCUGGACGCCCAAAGUAAUUUUCACACACUUGAAAUCAUCAGCUAAUGCCAGUGACACACGAUUGCUGCUCCAGGAACCUGUUGAUUGGCAACCUGGUGAUGAAAUCCUGGUGGGAAGUUCAGGCCUUGGAGAUGCACAGCAGCAGGAGGAAAUGGCUGUAAUCCAGUCUGUGAAGAACACUGAGCUGCACCUUAGAUCACCACUCAGGUACCCCCACAGUGCUGGAGAGGAAUGGGGCAAUGGCCAAGGUCUGCCUUCCAGUGCUGUGGUGGCACUGAUCAGCAGAAGGGUGGUUGUCCAAGGAAAUGUCACACUGGAGAGGAUGUCCCACCUCAGGCAGUGUGCAAAUGCAGGUGGUGUCCUAGGUCACUCUGGGUGUUUGUACAAGAGAAGUGAGAGGCAGCUGGGCUCUCGGGACCUGGGGGCCAUGGUGAUUGUGGAGGCCUUCCAGGGCCAAGUGAGCCGGCUCCAGCUGGAGGGGAUCCAACUCCGCCACAUGGGCCAAGCAUUCCAGCACCACUGCAGUGCCCUGACUGUCACUGGCAACACCUGGAUGGCAGACUCUUACAUCCGUGGUUGUUGUGUUCUGGACUCCUUUGGCCAAGGGCUCCAUCUGAGAGGGAUCUCCAACCUCACUGUGGACAGCAACGUUUUCUACAAUAUUUCAGGCCAUGGGCUCCUCCUGGGUGAGGGACUGGAAGAGGAGAACAAAAUCAGUAACAACAUAGUGAUUGGCCUGUCUGUAACUGAUGGUUUAUCCAAUAUUGAGACACUGUCACCGGCAGGGAUCUACAUCAGGGCUCCUGCCAGCCACAUCAGGGGAAACACAGUGUGUGGUGCUGGGUAUGGCUAUUUCUUUCAUCUCUCCCCUGAGGGACCAUCCAAAGUUCCUCUUCUGUCCUUCAGUGAGAACACAGCUCACUCCUGCACAAGGCAUGGGUUGCUGGUAUACCCAGAGUAUUUGCCAGACAGUCGUGUUCAGUUCAACAAUUUCAGAGCCUGGAACUGCCAAGGGGGAGCACAGAUUUUCAGUAGCAGGAACCUUGAACUCCAGCAUUUCUGGAUUUCUGCUUGCAAAGAUUUUGGCAUUGACAUUGUGGAAAGCCUGGGAAACACCUCUGUGUCUGAAAGUGUUUUAAACGGAUACCUUGGGCAAAAGGAUGGGACCUGUAUGUCUGCAGGACUAAGGACUCCCAAAAGAUACCAGCUCCUCAUCUCCAAUACAGCUUUCAGGAACUUUGAUGUGAACACUUGCACAGCCAUCAGGACUUGUUCUGGCUGUUACCAAGGGCAGGGUGGGUUUACAGUGACAGCUGAACAUCUGAAAUUCACCAAUUCCCCUUUCCAAGUGUCCUUCCCCUUUCCUCACUCUACCAUCCUUGAGGACCUUGAUGGCUCCACCACGGGACAGAAGGGAAGUCACAUCCUGCCUUCCACAGAUAUCCUGGCAGCAUCUUGCACAGCCAGUGCCAACUUCAGCCAAGCUUCUGGUGGCAGUGUCUGUGACAGUGACUUUGUUUUCCACCGUAUGGAUCUUCAUUUAAAAGAGGCCCCUGAGAUUCCCUAUAAUUUAACUGUGACUGACAGUAGGAAUAAGUCAAACACAGUCAGUUAUGUCCCUGAUACUUUAUCAAACCUGUAUGGCUGGAUGGCUCUUCUCCUGGAUAAAGAGACUUACACGUUGACAUUUGACAACCCUUUGGUCAGCAAACAGCUCCAGUAUUCAGUGACAUUUAGCAACUUCAAGGCUGGGAAUUACCUGCUGGUGGAACACAGGGAUCUUCCUGCCCAUCUUGAGGCUGUGGUGUCCUGUGGGACAAGGAGAGGACAGCCAGUCCAGCUGGUACCUUCCUACGGCCACCACAGGAGCUGUGAUUGGCAUCUCGACAGCAGGAUGGGGAAGUUCACCUAUCUGGUCACAGGAGCUGACUUAAUUCAGGUCACACUGAAAGAGAAGGAAAGAGUGGAUUUACCUACCCCAGCUCCUUCUAGUGCUAUCUUGAAAUGGUCACUCCCAGAGACGUGGAAUGGUGUGGGAAAAGGCUGGGGUGGAUCCAAUGGCAGCAUCCCAGGCCCUGGGGAAGAUGUCAUCAUCUUGCCAAACAGGACCAUCCUGGUGGAUGUGGCUCUUCCCCCUCUGAGAGGGCUCUACAUCCUGGGGACCCUCGAGUUCCCCAGCAACUCCAGCAACGUCCUGAGCACAGCCUGUGUUGUGGUGCUGGGGGGCGUGCUGAGAGUAGGUUCUUUGAAACAUCCCCUAGAAAGGGAUUUAAAGCUGCUGUUCCUUCUUCGGGCUUCUGAAAGGAUUUUCUGUGAUCGUCUUGAGGAUAUAAAUGUGCACCCAGGGAAUAUUGGAGUUUAUGGACAGGUACAAAUUUAUAGCGCUUAUCCUAAGAUGCCUUGGACACAUCUGGGAACUAAUGUUGCUCCUGGCAAUGAAAGGAUUUUUGUGGAGGAUGAAGUAGAUUGGGAUCAAGGUGGGGAUAUUGUGAUCAGCUCUUCCUCCUAUGAAGCCCACCAAGCUGAAGUAGUUACACUUAAAGAAGUCCAUGGUCAUAAUAUAAGAAUUCAUGAACAUCUUCUGCACAGGCACAUUGGGCGUCCCCAUGACACAGAAGAUGGCAGGAGCAUCCCUUUGGCCGCGGAGGUUGGGCUCCUCACACGGAACGUGCAGAUCCAGUCAGAUGUGGCUUGUGCUGGGAGGAUGCUGGUGGGACACUUCACAGACUCCAGUGGGAUGGAGUUUGAAGGUGCUCUUCAACUCUUAAAUGUUCAGUUUUUGAAUUUUGGGCCUCCUCAGCUUUCUGCCAUUGAAUUCAGGAACGUAUCCCAGGGGUCGUCAGUGGUGUCAUCCAGCAUUAGUGGAAGCUGUGGAGCUGGCAUUAAAGCAGUCGAGAGCAGUGGGAUCUUGUUGCUCAAUAACGUGGUGUUCAACACCACUGGACCUGGCAUUGAUUUGGAAGGGAAAAAUCAUUCCCUCAUCAGGUGCCUUGUUAUUCUGAGCAGGCAGCCAGCAGGUUCAUUAAACUGGGUUGCUGGCAUCAAGGUGAACCUGGCCACUGGUGUCUCCCUUCAUGGCAAUGCUGUGGCAGGAUCCGAGAGGAUUGGCUUCCAUGUCAAGGGCCGGGAGUGUUCACUAGCUGGAGAAUAUUGCAAUGGAAAUGUGGCCCAUUCGAGUCUCCACGGCAUUCACCUGUACCAGGAAGAUGGAUUUCAGACCUGCACUAGAAUCACAGGUUUUCUAUCCUAUAAGAAUUAUGACUAUGGUGUCAUGCUCCACCUUGGAGGCAGCAUUAUUGUGGAAAACGUGGUGCUGGUGGACAACACGGUGGGACUCCUGGCAAUGGUGCACUGUGCCUACCCUGAGCAAUGCUACACGGGGAAAAAAUUCAUAGAACUUAAAAACUCCGUCAUUGUUGCAACAAGCUCAACUUUUGACUGCCUCAGAGACAGGAUCCAGCCUCACUCAGCUGAUCCAACAGCCCAGGACCGACCCCCACGUUACCCUCUAAGAGGCCGUGUUGGGAUUUUAUGGCCCACGUUUAGCACUGCUCCCAGCCAAAGGCCAGAGCACCCCUGGCACAAAACCAGGCAUUGUCCAAAAGCCUUGGGAAUCAUGAAGCUGAAAGAAGUCACCUUUACUGGUUUUACACAGAGCUGCUACAGUGAAGACAGGGACGUCUGUAUCAUGUCAAAUGCUGAUCACUUCGGCAUCAUGCCUCUCAUCACAGCAGAGACAUCAAGGAUGUUACACGUCAGUGAGAAGGACAAGUUCUACUUUCAUCCAACGAGUGUACAAACCUCUAAAGACACCAUGCUCCCUGAAAAGAGAUGCAAAGGCUCAAGGAAAGCCCUUUUUAAGGAUUUGGAUGGAGGUGUCCUGCAUCUGGAGCCACCUGUCUCUGUUUUCCCCAAGUCAGAGUUUGAAUGGACAGAGUUCUACUCAGAAGCUGGAAUUUACAGAGAUGACAGUAAGUGCCUCUUCAAGCCCUCAGUACAAGGCUACUUCUGCAAACAGACAGAUCAUGCACUUGUGAUCUUAGAAAACUUGGAUUCCAGUGUGGACAGCCAGAGACUGUUCCCAGUGGUUACAAUGACUGGAAGCUUUAUGGACACCUUCACCGAUGAGACCUCACAUUCUUUGUGUCACCCUGCAGAGCAUCGUUCUGCUUUCUUUUCUGUUCUGCCCUCCACCAAACUCACCACAGUCUGCUUCCCCGACCUGACACCUCUGGCUUUCAGACUCUACCUCCUCAGCGGCCAAAACACAACCAGGCUGCCCCUUGCCAUAUUCUUCUCUGAACCACUCAGCCUUCGUGUUUUCGUCCAAGGGAAUUAUGUCUCUCCGACCCCAUCUUCUUUUUCACUGAACUCAGGGGCAGGAGCCAAUUACUUCAGCUUUGAGGACAACCUUCUCUAUGUUCUCCUCCAUGAGAAGGAACCUGUGGAAAUAGUUGCUGGCCUGUCCCUUCUUGUGGCUUUCACUGUAACUGAGGCUGCUGGGGAAGAGGGUGAGGCAACCAUAACACGUCGAUUGGCUGAUUUCUUGAAGAUUGGUCAUGACCAAGUCAGAGUGGUCUAUAAUGUGCUGGGAAGUGAAAGCACUUUGCAGGUAAUCUCAGCCAAUGCCAGCAAAAAGAGAUAUCACUGCCCUAACAUGGCAUUUUGCACAGCCUUUCAGAGCAGAUACAGCCCACAGGAAGAGGGGACGCAACCAGGGAGCACCCGAGCUCUGCAUCCACCUGAUGGGGCUGGUCCAUCCAGAGUGCUGAUCAUUGAGCUUGGUGAUCUUCCAGGUCAUCCAAGAAAUGAGCUGACAAGUGACAGCCUAAAGAGUUUGGCCAGAACAAUUAUCAACACUCAUCAGACUGGAGACCUUCAGAGUGGCCUUGGCUUGCCAGUUGACACCUUGAUGGUGACUCAGUCUGCUCUGCUGUCCCCAAGAGAAGGUAACAGUAGCAGACAACAUUCAGAAACAUGCUUAUACAGGAGACCCUACAGCAUCUCUGUUCAGGUGCAGCCUUCAGACGGAGAAAUUGAGAAGCAGCUUCCUGUACAGCCAAAAAUCAUUUUCCUGGACAGAAAGGGUGAAAGAAUUGACAAACUGGGGCCUCCUGCAGAGCCCUGGGUUGUAUCAGCUCGUCUCAAGGACUCCUCUGAGGCUGUGCUGAAAGGGCUCACCCAAGUGCAGGUCAUAGAGGGAUGUGCAACCUUUUCCAAUCUGGCUGUCUCCAGCUCAGGAACAAACUGGAGACUUGUGUUCACAGUCACAUCACCUCCAGGGGUGAAGUUGACUGUGCAGUCCCAGCCAUUUUCCACCUUCCCUGUGCCCAUGAGAGCCAGGGCCAGCAUGAUCCUCGUUGUCAUACUGGGUUCAGCAGCAUCUGCAUUCACCAUUGUUCUUUCAUUCUGCUGGUUCAGGAAGAGCAAAAGCCACAAAAUGAGGACUGAACAGCCUCAUCUCCCAGAGGACAGGACCAAGAGGCACAAUGAACACACACAGCCUCCUGCAGCUCCCACCAAGCCUUGCUGCAAUCAAGGACCCAAUAAAAGUGGAGUGUCUGUAGCAGGAGAUAUGGAAGGAAGUGGAGCAGUGGGAGCUGCCACAGGACAUGCAGAGGAGCUGAACCUGCAGCCCUGUGAAGCCAAGUCAGCAAGGCAGCCAAGCACUGUCCAGCCCAAGACAAGGGACAGACACACCUUCCCCUCAGCCAGGAAAAGUGACAGGCACCAACAGCCCCGUGGAGGAAGAGCUCCUGGUGCCUCUGAGGAGCUUCAGCAGCCGACGGUCCCAGGGUGCUCCAGCCAGGAGGAAAUGCCCCAGCCUUCAGCUGGGUACAGCCAGGAAGGAGAGAACCCCGAGAGGAUGCCCCAACCCCAGAAUGAUGUCAGAGAGUGUGUGGCCAUGGUGGCAGCAGAGGGGUGA